AUGAAUUUAAUCGCUGUUUCCAUUGCGUUAUUAGCAGCUUCAGGUAUUGUGAAGUGUGAAUUCACUUGCCGUAUUCCAAAGCCAAUCCCCCUGCAAUAUACAAUAGGAGGUCAACCGGGUAAUACUGAGAAAAGAAGCACAAAACCUUCUCGUUUGAAGUUUUCUGUGUUUUAUACUGAUGUCUUCAACCGAUUACCAGAAGCUCAAAAACUCAGGAAACUAGUUGAGGAUGCAACAAAAUUUUGGCAGAAAGCAUUGACAGUCAAAAAUCCAGGAGAUGAGAAACAACUUGUGAAAAGAUAUUGUGAUGAUAACUAUUACUAUACAGUUAGCGGAAACAAUUCUCUAUACUGUGUAAAUUCAAAUUGUAACAGAAAGGCUAUGUGUGGCUCCCUAGAAGUUCCAGAUCAAUACGCAGCUGAAUGCUAUGAGCAACACAACAAUUUGUUAUAUCGAUAUUAUACUAAUGGAAGUGGUAUACCCGGAAAUGGUUAUGUACUUAUUGUUGAUGCAGAAGAAAGUGAUUUAUGCAUAGGUUCAACAGCAGCAUUUGCUGCGUCAUGUCACAUGGAUCCUAGAACUGACAGGCCUAAUGUUGGAUACAUGAACUUAUGUCCAAGUCAGAUGGACCUAACAUAUCCAGCUGGUAAAGCUUUACCAGGAAUUAUGAUCCAUGAAAUCGGUCAUGCACUGGGAUUCACAUCCAGUAGUUUUCCAUUUAUGCGUGAUUCAUAUGGACGUCCUCGAACUCCUAGAGAUUGGCAUAAUAAGCCAAUGUAUAAAGACGAAUAUGGGGAGUAUAUUCCAAGUACCAAUACAAUCAGAAAUAUCAGAAGACGUUGGAUAAGUGCUGCAGGAAACUAUACGAAAACUAUUGGAUCUUUUGUCACUCCAAAAAUAUUGGAAGCUGCUAGGAGAUAUUUUAAUUGUCAUACUUUAGAUGGAGUUGAUUUAGAACACUACAAUAUAAUAGGAUCGGUUGGAUCUCACUGGGCUACAAAAAUAUUAGGAAUGGUACAAAGUGAAUUACAAAGCAGCAAUGAACAUGCAAUAUGGCAAAAAUCUUGGAUGGGUCAAAAAUUCACACCUUUCUGUGACAAUAACAGUCAAGCAACGUGUAGAGAUGCUUAUUCUUAUGGGAUUUGCAGCAUAAGGACGUAUGGUGAUGGUGUGCCAGCAGAAGAUCAGUUUUUCAAAAGACCACCUUAUGCUUCUACUUAUAGUGCUAGACAAUUUGGAGGUGAUGAUCCGCAUAGAGAUUUCUGUCCAACCCAAACGUAUGUAAGUAGCCUCGGAACUGAUUACAAAGCAACUUCUUUCUGCACUCAUACUGAAAACAUAGAAAGAUCAAAGGAGGGGACUAACUACUAUUUUCAAACCUACGGUCGAAAAUCUAUUUGCUUGGAGCAUCGUGGAGUCUGGUCCUACACAAACGGCAGCACAGUCACUUUAGGUGAUUAUUUGCAGGGAAGUUGUCAUAAAGUAAGCUUUUGA